UAACCUGCUUUCCUGCAGCAAGGGAACAUCAGGCAAAAUGACCCUACACAGAUGGACGCUGGCUUUCUGCUUCUCACUGGUCUCAGUUUUAAGGACAGGUGAAUCUCAGUCAGUCUCAACACUAUCAACAGCAGAAACUCUGAGAUACGUUUGCAAGACUUUUGGCAGCGGGGUUAUGCAGCCUUUCAACGGUUCAGGUUUCCAUGUGCGAUCAAACUGCCCGUUCACCCUCACCCGCUUCACUCACAACCGGGUUGAAUAUGACAUCACCACACGGCGAGGCAACAGCGGGCUGCUGACCCAACUCGAGAUCACCGUCAACAAAAUCAGGACGAUAGUGCAGGGUGGAAGCAUCGAGGUGGAGAAGAAAAGUAUUUCCCUUCCAUACGACCACACCUACCAGCAUAUUUUUCAGUAUGGUACCUACAUUAAACUAAGGAGCUCACUGGUGCCUUUGUCUGUCACCUGGCACAAUGUAUCUGGAGGAAUAGACUUUGUGAGGGUGGAGCUGGAGCUGGAGAAGGAGCUGAACAUUGACAUGACUGGACUGUGUGGUAAACUGAAUGUUCCAGGCAACAAGCAGCAGUUGAUUGCGGAGAGCGUGCUCACUGAGGACACAUGUCAAACCCGAGAUCCUGUCUCUGCUGUGAAUCCACCGUGCAGACAGUUCUUUUCCUACACCUUGGAUUGUCUGCAAGUCAGGAUUCCUCAUUAUAUCGAACUCUGUGAAGAGAACAUUCACAGUUUUGAAAGCAGCAAAGACAUCAGCUGUGCUUUCUUCAAAGAAGUUGUCCAGGAGUGUGGAAAUAACAGCUACAUCUGGAACGUAUGGAGAAUUGUAACCAGAUGUGCUCCACCGAGUUGUCCAGGAGACCUGGUUUUUGUGGAACAGGGCCCUGCCUUUGUCCCCAGCUGCUCUAACCCCAACCCCAGAUUCUCCAACCAGGACCUCACAAGCUCCUGUGUCUGCCCAGAGGGCAUGGUGGUUAAUGACCAAGCAGAGGGCAUCCACUGUGUGAAAGAGUCCAACUGCCCCUGUGUGUUCGCUGGGAGAAGCUACAGCACCGGAAACAUACGUAGCACCAAGUGUCAGUCGUGUGUGUGUGAGGGUGGGAAGUGGCAUUGCUCUGAAAACUCCUGCCCAGCCAGAUGUCUCAUGGAAGGACAGUUUGUGACAACAUUCGAUGGCAAACAAUAUGUCGUCCCUGGUAAAUGCACAUAUGUGGUAUCACAGGGUUACAACUGGACAAUAAUUGUUCAGUUUUCGGAACAAAGGGUAUCCCUGCAAACAGCUGUCCUGCAGCUUUUUCAGGACACGUAUACAUUCUCAUACAACCGUGUUAAAGUGGGAGAGAAGGAGAUAACUGAACUUCAUCAGUCUGAUCAUGCCCUGGUUUUCUGGCAGUCCUCCAUGUACAUCCAAGUCCAGACAUCCUUUGGUAUGAACAUCCAAGUCCAGAUGUCUCCUGAAAUUCAGCUCUACAUCACCCUACCCAAAAACCACACUGGUGUUAUAUCAGGUCUUUGUGGCAACAGCAACAAUGACACCACCGAUGACUUCACCACCAGCAGCGGCAUCAUCGAAAACUCACCUCAAGCUUUCGCUCUGUCCUGGAGUGCUGGCACUUGUGUAGUGAACAUACCCUCCAUCUGCAGCAGCACAGACAGUGAAAUAUUUGCAGAUGAAGGGUGUUCUGUUUUGAAUGAAGCAACUGGGAUAUUUGCUACGUGCCACAGUCAUAUCCCCACUGAUCAAUUCCACACCGCUUGCAUCCAAAGAAUCUGUAACUGUGGCAACAAUCUGCAGCAGUGCUUAUGUGUUGCUCUGGGAAGCUACGCCAAAGCCUGCGGCAGUCUGGGUGUUGCAGUUGGCGACUGGAGGAAAGCGACCAACUGCACUCUGAAUUGUCAAAAGAACCAAGAGUUCUCCUACGACGUGCGGGCCUGCAACCACACAUGCCGUUUACUGUCUGGCCCUGACCCUCGUUGUUGGUUGGAUGAUGCUCCUCUGGAGGGCUGUGGUUGUCCUGAAGGAACUCACCUGAACCAAGGACACGUAUGCACCCCGAAGGCAGAGUGUGUCUGUCACCACUAUGGCGGUACAACGCCACCGGGGCCGGUUGUUAUUGACGGAAGACAGUGCCUCUGUGAGAAUGGAGAACUGCACUGUUCCAAGGAUUGUGGUUGCAGAAAUGGUAAGGUUUGUGUUCACUGCUCAGAGUACCCGGUGAACACAGCUCAGAAAACCUGUGACAGUCUCAGCAAACCACUGGGUUCCAGUUUGACCUGUGAGAGUGGCUGUCAUUGUCCACAUGACCAGUAUGAGGAUCAUCAUGGCAACUGUGUUUCUCUGGACAACUGCACCUGUGUGUACAGUGGCAAAAUGUUCAGUUCAGGACAGCAUGUCAAAACCAACUGUAAAACAUGUGUUUGUGGUCAAGGUCAGUGGCACUGCAAAGACGAGCCAUGUACUGGGAAGUGCCAAGUGUACGGAAAUGGGCAUUACCAGACAUUUGACUCUAAAUGGUACCGCUUUAAUGGACACUGCCAGUACACACUGGUAGAGGAUUACUGCGGAAACGAAAAUGGCUCCUUCUCUGUCAGAGUGGAAAGUGUACCCUGCUGUGAUGAAGCACUGACCUGCUCUCGCUCCAUCGUCCUGGAUCUCCAGGGCACAGUCACCCUGACACUGAGCGAUAUGAGGGUGACCAGACGUCUCCAAAAAGGCUGGACUCUGCAAGAGGAAUCAUUUUACACCACUCACACUGUGGGACUCUACAUCGUAAUAUCUGUGCCGAGCAGAGGAAUAACGCUUAUCUGGGACAAACACACCAGGAUCACCGUAGAGCUGCAUCCAAACUGGAGAAACCGAGUGUGUGGCCUCUGUGGGAAUUUUGACUCCAGUGAGAUGAAUGACCUACAGAUAAGUGGCUCAGCAGUGGUGUCUAGUCCGAUGGCCUUCGGCAACAACUGGAAGGCCACCUCACCUCCUUGUUCUGAUGUUACCACUGAGAUAUUCCCAUGUGAACGCAACUCCUACUGCUCAGCUUGGGCACAGCGGCGCUGUAUGAUCAUUACAGCAGACACCUUCAAAGACUGCCAUCUAAAAGUGGACCCAGAGCCCUACUACCACGCCUGUGUGCAGGAGUCGUGCUCCUGUGAGUUUGAGGGGAAGUUUCUGGGCUUCUGCACAGCUGUGGCAGCAUACGCAGAGGCCUGCAGUGAGCAGGAUGUGUGUGUCAAAUGGAGGACACCUGAUUUGUGCCCGGUCUACUGUGACUACUACAAUGAGCAGGGCCAGUGUAGCUGGCACUAUGAAGCCUGUGGUGAGGUGCUCACCUGUGGCAAAGGCCACUAUUUCAUCGACAAACUGGAAGGCUGCUACCCCAGAUGUCCAAAAGAUGCACAGUUCUAUGAUGAAAAUACCGGUGAAUGCACCAAAUUGAGGAACUGCACAUGUUUUUUCAACGACACUAUCAUUCAGCCUGGGGCAGUGGUGAUGCUAGAUUCUAUUAAGUGCCCUUGUGAAAAUGGAACAAUUUCCUGUCCUACUUUACCAACAACAAUAUCACCCACCACCUCUACCUCAAGCAUUCCAACUACAACUGCUUCAACCACAAGGGAAACAACUGUGCCCUCCACAACACCAACAACUACAACUGCCUCAACUACCAAGAAAACAAGGACACCAACGUCAUCAACCACCCCUUCACCAACUACAACCUCCUCAACUACCACUGAAACAUUGACAACAACGUCAUCAACCACCCCUAGAAAAACUACAACGGCCUCAACUACCACUGAACCAUUGACAACAACAUCAUCAGCAACCCCGUCACCAACUACAACCUCCUCGACUACCACUGAAACAUUGACAACAAUGCCCACAACAACACCUACACCAACUACAACUUCCUUAACUACCACUGAACCAUUGACAACAACGUCAUCAACCACCCCUUCACCAACUACAACAGCCUCAACUACCACUGAACCAUUGACACCAACAUCAUUAGCAACCCCUACACCAACUACAACCUCCUCAACUACCACUGAAACAUUGACAACAAUGCCUAUAACAACACCUACACCAACUACACCAGCAUCAACUACCACUGAACCAUUGACAACAAUGCCCACAACAACACCUACAUCAACUAUAACUGCCUCAAAUACCACUGAAACAUUGACAACAACGUCAUCAACCACCCCUACACCAACUACAUAUUCCUCAACUACCACUGAAACAUUGACAAAAAUGCCUAUAACAACACCUACACCAACUACCACUUACUUAACUACCACUGAAACAUUGACAACAAUGCCUAUAACAACACCUACACCAACUACACCAGCCUCAAAUACCACUGAACCAUUGACAACAACGUCAUCAACCACCCCUUCACCAACUACAACAGCCUCAACUACCACUGAACCAUUGACAACAACAUCAUUAGCAACCCCUACACCAACUACAACCUCCUCAACUACCACUGAAACAUUGACAACAAUGCCUAUAACAACACCUACACCAACUACACCAGCCUCAACUACCACUGAACCAUUGACAACAACGUCAUCAACCACCCCUUCACCAACUACAACAGCUUCAACUACCACUGAACCAUUGACAACAACAUCAUCAGCAACCCCUACACCAACUACAACAUCCUCAACUACCACUGAAACAUUGACAACAAUGCCUAUAACAACACCUACACCAACUACAACUUCCUUAACUACCACUGAACCAUUGACAACAACGUCAUCAACCACCCGUUCACCAACUACAACAGCCUCAACUACCACUGAACCAUUGACACCAACAUCAUUAGCAACCCCUACACCAACUACAACCUCCUCAACUACCACUGAAACAUUGACAACAAUGCCCACAACAACACCUACACCAACUAUAACUGCCUUAAAUACCACUGAAACAUUGACAACAAUGCCCACAACAAUAUCUACACCAAAUAUAACUGCCUCAAAUACCACUGAAACAUUGACAACGACGUCAACAACCACCCCUACACCAACUACAACUUCCUCAUCUACCACUGAAACAUUGACAACAAUGCCUUCAACAACACCUACACCAACUACACCAGCCUCAACUACCACUGAACCAUUGACAACAACGUCAUCAACCACCCCUUCACCAACUACAACAGCCUCAACUACCACUGAACCAUUGACAACAACAUCAUCAGCAACCCCUACACCAACUACAACAUCCUCAACUACCACUGAAACAUCGACAACAAUGCCUAGAACAACACCUACACCAACUACAACUUCCUUAACUACCACUGAAACAUUGACAACAAUGCCUUCAACAACACCUACACCAACUAUAACUGCCUCAACUACCUCUGAAACAUUGACAACAACGCCUUCAACCACCCCUGCACCAACCAUAACCUCUUCAAUUACCACUGAAACAUUGACAACAACGUCAUCAACCACCCCAGUAACCUCUUCAGAAGUUGUUAACACAACAGCAGUCACUACAGCAGGUACAACAACAUAUACUUUAUCAACUCAAACAACAACAAAACAUGCUGAGCCACAUCCAUCUACAACCAUCAUCAUCAUUGCAACAAAUGCUACAUCUACUUCAACCUCAGAGUUGACAACUGAUGUAAUUGAGACAGGUCCACCAUUAACAGCAUAUCACAGCACAGCACAAGUUGUUGUUCCCACAUCAUCAGCCUGCAUUGACUGUACCGACCUCAAAAGGAACAAAACUUGGGCUUGCGGUGAGACGUGGAAAGAGGACUGUUUCCACAGGAUCUGUAAUAAUGGCAAGAUAGAGUUGACCCCGGUGGUUUGUCCAGAGCCUACAUCUCCUAUCUGCCCCAGAGAUCAAGUCACAAAAGUCUCAGACGGCUGCUGCGAAACAUGGAAAUGUGACUGUCGCUGUGAGCUAUAUGGGGACCCCCACUACAUCUCCUUUGCAGGUGUACCCUUUGAUUUCCUUGACGAAUGCAGCUACAUCCUGGUGGAGGAGCAGUCACCACAACAUCGUCUGUCCAUUGCUGUGGACAACAUCUACUGUGUUCCAGGCCUCCAUGGGUCCUGUGCAAAAGGCAUCAUCCUCAAAUAUCAGGACAAUGUGGCUACACUAAGUAAAGUCCCAGAUUUGAAUGCAGUAAAGGCCACUCUGAACAAUGUGACCAUACAGCCACCAUACGAGGAGCAGGGGUUGAGGUUUGAAACCACAGGGUACGCUGUGUCAAUCUAUCUCCCUAAGGUUCGUUCGUAUGUCUCCCUCAGUCCGUCUUAUACCUUGGUGGUCAAUCUGGCCAUGGAACAUUUCCUCAACAAUACCCAGGGACAAUGUGGUGUAUGUGGUGGUGGAUCAUGUAUCCGCAGAGGAGGGCAGAUCGAGGACAACAAUUGCUGUGAUAAGACGGCCUAUGACUGGGUGUUUGCAGACCCUCUGAACUCAGCAUGUGUUUCUCGGCCGAGGGACGUACCCUGUCAUCCCGGGCCACCUACGGUAGCCCCCCCCUGCUUCCCUCCAGGCUCACAAUGUGAGCUGCUAGACCACCCAGUCUUUCAGAACUGCAGGACAUAUGUCAAUCUGCAACUUAAAAAGAAGAACUGUGAGUUUGAUUCAUGCGGGAACACAAGCAGUCCUUGCUCUUCACUCGAGCAAGCUGCUGAGGAAUGCAAGAAAGCCGGUAUCUGCAUUGACUGGAGAAAACUGACUAAUGGAACCUGUGAUGUGCCAUGUCCAAAAGGAUUGGUUCACAGAGAAUGUCAUGACAAGCUGGAUGACUUCUGCUAUGGAGGAGUACGAUAUCCAGGAGCCUCCCUCGAAAAAAAUACCGUCGGUUGUUUCUGUCCCAGUGGCUACUUCAGGGCAGGAAAUCACUCAAUCAACUGUGUGUCUGACUGUCAAUAUUGUAAAGGACCUCUCGGAGAGCCCAGACUGCCUGGUGAGGUGUGGCAGUCCAACUGUCACCAGUGUUCAUGUAACAACCAGACUCGGACAGAGGAGUGUUUUCUAAAAUCACCCAAGUUGGCACUCUGUGAGGAUUGUGGUCCUGAGAAGAAUUGCAGUUACAAGGAAAAGACAUACAAGGUGGGAGUCACAUGGAAAGACGCUGCCCAUCCCUGCAUGUCAUUCAGCUGUAGCAUAGAGGGCAUUCAGACUGAGAGAAGAAUCUGUCCCAAAGAAAACUGUCCUGAGAGUGACAGAGUUUGGGACAACCAGAACUGCGGCUUUACGUGUAACCAGAGUUGUGCUCCUAAGAUGUCCAGCUUCAACAUCACCAUCGAAAACUGUACCACGGUCAUAGAGAUGCCUGUGUGCCAGGGCCUGUGUGUGUCUCAGCCCAGGGUGGUGCUUCACGGUGACCUUCAGGUGGAGCAUAAUAGCCGAUGCUGUCUGGAGCAGCGCACAGAAAGGAGAUCAUUAACCCUGCAGUGCCUCGGCCUCACCACCAGACGCUUCCGCUACAAGCAUAUCACCAGCUGUGAGUGUAGAGCCUGUAGUAUACUGUACUGAAGAGGACAGGCAGCACACACCAAAACCAGGAGUAAAUCAUUAUGGAAAAUAUCCAUUAGAUUUCCAGAUCCAAUUUUUCUAUUCUUUAAUUCAAUAGAUAAUUAAAAAAAACGAUGUUUUGGGAUUUUAAAGAAUUACUGAAUUGGUUUUCUAUUAAAUAAAAUGAAUCAUCAUAAACACCUAA